CUCUGCCCUACCUUGAAGACCCUCUAAUUUCAACCUAAUGAAGCUUUGUACCCUAUUCUACCACUAGAUGGAAGCAGACAAGGUCACAGAAGAGCCUCAUACUACCAAGGACGCAAAGGAACACCCCUCUUCAAAGGACCCUUCUGCUGAAGACUUACAGGAGCUCCCUAUCUCUGAACCCCCCUUGGGUCCUUCCAUCCCCCAGACUCUUUUAGAGCCCCAGGCCUCUGAAGCCCUUUUUGUGCCAUCUUCCCAGACUCCUUUAGAAAGUCAUGUCUCUGAGGGCCUCUUGGAGCCUUCUAGCUCUGAAACUCCUUCAGAGCUCCCCAUUUGGUACCAUCCACUUCUCAGUCACAUCUCUGAGGUCCCAGAAAAAUACCUUUCUUCUCAGUCAUCGUCAAUUAGCAGUAUUUCUGUGCUCUCCUUUGAUGCUUUGCGGGAAGACUUCUCUGAGCUUUCUUCCAAUGAAGUCCCACAGACAAGGUGGCCCACCCAGGUCUCUGAAUUUGAGCACCUUCCAGAACAUUCCCUUCCAGGACCUUCAUUCCGGGUCCCCAUAGUGACAUCUUCAAAGCAGAAGGAAGAGGCAGAAGAAGAUGAGCAGAGUGUGGAUACCAGUGACCUCUCUGUUCACACAGCCCAGCCUGGACACCAUCUGGGGAAUACAAGCUUCCCAGAGGUUCCUGCUAAGCAGGCAGAGCUAGUGGAAGUGUCUAAGGCAAUGCAGAGGAAACGAUUUGGUUCUCAGUUGAACCAUCUUUUCCAAUGGGAGAAGAAUGCAAUCCUGAAUGCCUUCCAGACAGGUGUCUACAUCAGAUGGCGCUGUCCCCAUUACCUCUGGGACUGUUUCCAGAUUGGGGAAGAAUCCAAGUGCUUUUGUGGACACCUGUUGAAAGAGCACCAGAUCAUCUCAGACACAUUUGUGCCCUGUACCGUAAGUCAGUGCCGCUGCCCCAUGUUCUGUUUCAUCCCAUCUCGCCCAGAGGAAGUGGGUGAAUUUUGGGUCAAGAGACGGGCCACCUUUGACCCCAAGGCCUGGAGGGCCCAAUAUCGCUGUAAACAUAGCCAUGAAGAGCAUGCAGUCACUGGGACCCAUCCCUGCAGGCAUCAUGGAUGUUGCUGUAACUAUUUUGAGUCUAAUUUCCUCUGUGCGGCCUGUGACCGGUGCUGGGAGGAACAUGAGACUUUCUUUGAGACACAGCAGACUCGACAACGAAGAGGAAAGCCUCGUGGGUCAGACACUGUAAACAACUGGCACAGGCCUUUCUGAACCUGGCCUAGAUCAGCAAUAAAGUAGAAAGCACUAGAAUCUGACCUGGCUCUGUAUGGGGCAGGUAGAGCCAAAACUCAACUCUAAGACCUUAGAGUCAGCACUUACUGGGGUGAAAGACAGCACCAAGCAAGAUCAAGGCUGCAUGCAGCCAUCUGCCUCCAUCACGGCCACAUUCAAGCUGCUGGUUCUAACAUCAGAAGGAGAGUACCACUGGGCACUGGUGGCUCACACCUGCAAUCCUGGCUACUUGGGACGCUGACAUUGGGAGGA